GAUUAUAUUUUUCUACAUCUGGCAAUCUUGCUUUUCACAAUAAUACCAAAUAAACAUGUUUUAAAUGUAUAUACGUAGAGUACAAUAUACGAAUUAUUUAUAAAUAUAUAUCUUAAAUAAAAAAUAUUUGUAUAAUAUUUGCAUAUAUUUUGUAAAUGCAAAAUAUCAUGGUAUUUAUAAAUCCUCUACAUUAUACAAGUCUACUUGGAGAUUCUGCAUCAUAUGUCUGGCGAACUUUUGAAGCAGCACCCAAAUAUUUGGGAUUAAAAUCAAAAAAUGAAAUAAAAAUACCGUCACCAAUACCACUAUGGAAAUUAGCUGCAGAUACAGGACCAUAUGUUAGACUUGCCGCUUUUAGUGGUGCAGCAGCUGUAAUUCUUAAUGGAUAUGGUUUUUAUAAACAAUAUCCAAAAUAUGAUGAAGUACACCUCAAAAAAGUAUUUGAAACUGCAAGUUAUUUUCAUUUUAUUCAUACAUUAGCAAUGUUAGGAUUACCUCUAUGCAAAAGACCUUUGUUGUCUACAACAUUCCUGGUUUCUGGAAUAAUAUUGUGCUGUGGAACUUGUUAUUAUUAUGCAUUUACGGGUAAGAAACAACAUGAUAUAAUAACAAAAGUAGGUGGAAUGUGUUUCAUAAUAGGAUGGUUAUGUAUGUGUAUUUAAAAUUUUACAAAAUGAUGUGUGUGAAAAAAUGAAAAGUAAAUGAAAAAAAUUAUUAUAUGUAAAUGUAAAAAAUAAUCAUUAAUAUUAUCUUUAAAUUUAAAAUAAACUAUCUAGUAUUAAUAUUUUUAUUAUUAUGAAAA